AUGAUUCUCGUUGUGAUGGGCACGGUUGAGUCCGGACUUUUAAGAGUUAUGCAAGACCGAGCUUCCGGGGAAGUGGCCCCCAAGCUUCACCAUAGUCACUCCAGGAAGAAUAUCUUGAGUCUCGCCAUCAAAGAAUACUCGUCGAUGCUCGGUGUCCUCACGGUUCAACCAUUCCUGGUCCUCGGCAGCAAGAUAUACGGGGCAGUCAAAUUCUUUGGCCCAAUCCAGAACAUUUCCAUGUUCAGUUUUGAUGAAGAUGGCACGUUGACCAAUGGCAAUUUGAGGCUUCGAGAAGAUUGA